AUUUAUACUUCUGAGUGUUCCGAAUUGCAAGAAUCAGGCAACAUAUUCGACUAUGAAGAUGAGGACUAUCUUGGGCAACAUCUAUCAGAACUUCAACACUCACGGUGCGAUCGUUCCUUACCGAGCACUGGGAGUGCAGCUCACAAUUAUUUUAUUAAAAAUUCCCCUAGGCUUUUGCCUCCGAAAAAAUUGCCCUCAAGAACGUAUAGGACUUCAGACAAAAUCCAUCCUAGAGUCUUUAAAUAUGGCCUAGAGACUGGCAGCCCCUGUUCAUCUAUCCUUAGCGAUAACAUUUCUACAGGUUCAUCCAAAAAGAUUAAAAAAACGUACUAUCCAUCUGGCAAGGUUAAUGUCCGCUAUGUUGGGAGGCUUAAAGAAUGUUCCGAGCCUGCGCUGAAAUCACAACGACUUAGAUAUUCUAAAUUGAAAUUUUGCGAAGAUUGGCUAAAGAUGUCUACACUGGAGAGUGGUGAAGCCAAAUUCAGUCUGUGUGGUGGUGGAUCUAAAAAGGAGUCUGGUCGUGGCCUGUCUGCUUUCCAAGAGACUAGUUGUGAAGCUUUAAUGAACUCGCGCAAAAUUAGCAAAAAUACUCUUUCAAACGCUAGUAAGAAAACUUCCGUUAUCUUCAUUGCUAAUUCUAGUUGUCUCUAUGAUUCCUCUAUCGUCUUUUCAGACAAUGCACCAACAUCACAUCUUAUACGGUCAACUAGAUUCAAUUUACACUGCAGCCAGGCUGCUGAAACUUUUGAUCCUAUUUCACCCAUCAAUGCCAACCGAUCAGUUGAGGGUGACUGUUCCUCCGCUUCCUCCUUAGGUCUAUCAGAUCUACAGUCGUCGCCACCUCAUAACUGGUCAAAAAGCUUAUUAAAGGACUCUACUACUGCGCAACAGCGGCGUCGUGAUCAUCAUCACCAUAAUAAGCGAAUACAUGGCUCUCCUUCUCGUUUGGCUGAACUGGAAGCUGAGCUGGCUCGUCUUCGUCACCAGAUCGCAGCGCUAGUCAUAGCCCAGGAAAGUGGAAUGCCUAUCACUAAUAUACUUAGGGUGACGGAUAAUCCCAUAGAAGGGGAGCAGCAGGAGCAUGGACUAAGUCGCGAAUUGGUUUCGACUCGAAUUCCUGCCACUUUAGUGAUCGCAUCUGAAAAGUAA